GAGGGGGCGACCUCGCCACGCACGCACGCACCUUCAUAAAGUCAACAAAAAGCGCGGAAGAAAACUUAAAGUAGUCAACAUACGCCUUCUUAAGUCAAUGUGAGUUUUUAACUUUUAUUUAACGUCAAUUUAAACUUUUUUUUAAUAUACACAAUUCACGGGAAUGAAAAAGCCUCGAGUCGGCAUAAUGAACAUAAACAGUGACAUGUUUGACUUGUUAGCUUUAGCAUGCGAACUAAUAGCAUAGCGGCUAGCAUUUGCUCAGCAUUCAACCGCAGGGAGAUAAAAAUGUCCUUUCGGCGAGCUCUGGUGGACUGUACGGUGUUGUUUCCCCAAGAUGCUUGUGUGUUUUAUCCCUGCUGUGGAGGCUGCUUUACCAGAAUGGAUGUUAGGACGCAGGACCCAACGAGAUACAUAUGCCUUAAAUGUGGUUACAGUUGUUUAAAGGAACAACUAAAGUACCGAUAUCGCCUCUCCCUAAGAGUGACCAGAGACAGAAGAAUAUUUGGAGUCACAGUAUUUGGCAGCUCAUUGAACCCUUUCUUUGGCAUCCAUGCAACAGAGUUUCAAAGGUUGGUGGAGAACUUGGACGGACCGUCAGAAGCUUCAAUCAGAUCCAAAUUGCUGGCAAAGGCGGUCGAGGACAGUUUUGUCGGCAGACGUCUUGUCUUUCGUAUAAAGGUGACAAAUUCUCAAAGUUGUCCGUGGUCAGAAGAUCAUGUUCCAAGUGGUUCUGGUCCUAAGGACAUGGCCCAGUUCACUGCAACUCAGAUGAUUUCCCCCAAAGCCACAGGCCUGGAAGGCUGCUCUGUCAUUAGCUACUAUCGUAUACUUCUUCGGAGAACAGUAGAACGGCGGGUUUCUACUGAUCCCAACAAGUCCUGCACGAUCUCGUCUACCCCCUUGAUUCCGCAAGAUUCACCAGCCAGCAGCUUCAGUCACGUCAUGCUCUCUCAUCUUAUAUCACACCCACUGCCAAGAUCACAGUACCAUGACAGCACUCUCACUCCAACGCCGCCAUUGCAACAAUCGCUGGGACUGGUCACUUCAUCCGCUGAGCAAGAGCAGGAAGUAGAUCCGAGCACUUGUGAUGUCAAGGAGCAAACAGGGGGUCCGGUGGAGAGAGGUUGCGAUGUGAACUGUAACACUAAAGAGGAAAAAAAUAGUUCAUUUGCUGAAUAUUCAUCAGUCAGCAAUGUCCUGAACUGUUUGAAUUCUUCUACGCCUCCUUGGCUCAGCUUUGAGCAGAAAGUUUCUCCCCAACUGAAUGAUUCAACCACUUCAAGCUCAUUGGUGUGGGAGGAUUUGCCUUUUUCUGAAAGUCUGGAACAAUUUUUGAGUGAGGAGGACAAAUAUUUCAACACAGAAACUCCCCUAUCCUCUAAAUGUUCUUCUGUUAAUCCGCGUGACACAAAGACAUCAGUAGGCAGGUCCAGGGUGUUAGCGGACAUCAAUGACACAAGUGUACAGUCAUCUGGUGGUGACACUGAUGAAGAGCAAGGUGAUGACUACAAUUGUUCACAUGAUCUGUUUAGUUUCAAAUCAGAGAAAGCUCAGCCUAAUUUAACACAUUCGCGUGUUCAAAAAAUAAUUCAAAAAUGUCUGAAACCACCAGCUGAAAACACAUUCACUCAAAUUCUUGACUUUAUCCCAUGCUCUCAGUCCACUCCCAUUGUUAAAAAAGACCCAUCAUCAUCAUCAUCCUCACUUACCAGAAUCUGCUCAAAAAUGCCUUCCUGGAAACAUUACAGAAUCCCCACAACCCCAAAAACCCAAAAACGUGACUCCAGUGUUUGGAGCCAUUUAGAAGACAGCGAAUUGAUUGUCCCGCCCACUCCUGCUGCGACACACGUCAAAGCAGACUGCUCUCCGGAUAAAACGUCACCGCAUGGACGCUACUGUAAAAGAAUCUUGUUGGGUCCAACUCCUGCAUGGUCACUAGAGGGUGGGGGCAUUGAGAGGGCAGCGCAGGAGGAAGCUUGCGAUUGGUCCAGAGAUCUGUUCUCGGAUUCUGUCUGAAAGAUGCUGACUUUUAAUGGCGUGUAGAAACAAUAAUUUUAUUUAUUUUAAGCUGUAACACUGAAUUGCUGGGUUGCUCAUAUUCCUAAUCAGUUUCCCCAUAAAUAUUAAUGAAAUUGGGAUAAAGCAGUACACAUAAUUUUAGAUCGUUUUUUUUUACCUUUUUUAAAAUGUAAUUUUGUCUUAGUGUCCGGUGCACAAAAAAUGUUAUGUUUUAAACCAACUAGAUACAAGCUUAGCUAGAAGUUGUAGAACAAAACCUGGCAGAAGGCAAAUAAAGGUAUUUUUACGCCUGUAAAGAGGACUGCGAAUGAAGCACAUGUAUAUUUUAGCAAAUUUGAGCAAUAAUAUUAAUAACUGAUCAUUUUUACCAGAAUUUUUAUGAAAUGUUUCUAGUUGUACAAUGUAUAGAUAAAACAAACAUUAUUAAUGAUAAUUGUGGUAAAACUUUUGGUGGUUAGUAUUACCGUUUUAAAUUAAAAUGAUUGAAAAAUGUGGAUUGAUAACUGCACUUUAAUAAACUUACGGACUGACUUGCACUAACUUAAAUGUUAACGUGAAAGCGAGAGGCAUUAACAUCUUUCCACAUUAAGAAACUACAUACCCCAAUUCAUCCAUCCAUCCAUUUUCUCCCGCUUGUCCCUCAAUCCAAACUUCUAAAAACACAUUACUGUUUAAGCAACUGAGAUAUUGGGACAAGCGGUAGAAACGGGUGGAUUGCUGGAUAUUCAAUUGUUCACAUUGAACUACAAACUGUGCUCACUUACUACAGAGUGAUUGUUCUAUAGUCCGAGUAAUAAAAGACAGAGGUGUUCAAAGACUGCUGAACAAACUAGGAUGCCACAACUCCUGCCAGUAAUAAUACUUAAAACAAUAAAUGCUUAGCCAUUAAAGCAGAUAAUUUGUGAGAGACUAAAUCCCUAUCGUUGACUCAUAAGAAACCCAAAAGAUGCAAAAUAAUGUUUUCAAACGGUAUUCAUUAUAGUUAUUUAAAACAAAAACGUGUUCAAAAGAUUUCAGUGUGUAUAAGUAUUAUUUGAGCACAUUUAGUAAUACAGCAAUAAUUAUAACCAUGAUCACUUUGGUCACGAUAACCGUGAUGACAUUUUUGUAUCGUUACAUCCCUGGUAUAAUAUCAUCUGUAAUCAGUUCGAGAGUCAAAUUGUAGUUUUCAUAUUUUUAACUGCACAAGCAAUGUUUUGAGUAUUUUUCUAACAUUUUUAACUGCAUUUGCAAAAAUAAAAAAUAAGAUGUAAAAAAAACUCUGGUCCGUCAAACGGAAAAUUUUGCAUAUCUCACUUUGUAACAUUAUUUUCUGUCCAGUGUAAAGAGAAGUUAAAAAACAAAACAUCCAUCCAUCCAUCCAUUUUCUACCGCUUAUUCCCUUUCGGGGGCGCUGGCGCCUAUCUCAGCUACAAUCGGGUGGAAGGUGCGGUACACCCUGGACAAGUCGCCACCUCAUCGCAGGGCCAACACAGAUACAUCCUGCGUACAUUUUUUUCUUUUUGCGUUAGCCUCUUAGUCGGUCAAAUUUUUUGGAUGAAGGCCAAAGAAAUAAUUAGAUUUUCUCUAAGUUUACUGCAAGUUUUGUGACAUGUUGGUCAAAUUCCAGAUUGUACUAUCCCAUGGAAAAUUAGUUUCUUAAAAAAAUAUGUAUAUAUAUAUGCACGCCGCACUUUUAAUCCCUUAAAGCGGGCCUGGGCAAUUAUUUUGACUCGGGGGGCCACAUUUAGAGAAAAAACUGUGUCUGGGGGCCGGUAUAUCUAUUUUUAGGGACGCUAAUACAAAACUUCACAAUAAUGUCUGAUUGAAUGCUAAAAACGUUAUUACAGACCGCCUUAAAAAACGUAAUGGAAUUUUACAUUUUUCUAUGAACAAUUAAACACUGAAUAUUGACAAAAUAUUAAUGUCACAACCCCUUUCGAUUGACAUAUGUUAAAAUUAAGUGAAACGCAACAAAAAUUCAACAAACAGUGAAAAAUGAACGAAGGGUACAAAAUAAACCCACCUACAAUCUGAUACAUCUGAUAUAUCAUAAGCUUUAGAACUUUGUUGUGAAAAGCUUCUGCGUCUGUGGAAAUGCUUCCCGCCCACACUGCUUGGUGCCUCAUCUGAUCUGAUGUGACGUAGAUUACCAUAGUAACUAAUUCGAUUACCAUAGUACCUGGUAUAUCAUCCAUAAGCGCAGAUUCCAACCACAGACUUACGGUCAUAAGAAAACAUCACUGCACAUCAUAAUGGCAGAUACAGUUUCCAUCUUAAAGAUCUAAAAAAUAUAUUUGGGAAUGUCCGUCGGGCAAAAAUUGAAAAGCUUAACAGGCCGCAUGUGGCCCCCCGGCCUUAAUUUGCCCAGGCCUGCCUUACAGCCUUGACUGUUUGAGGAAGUGAAAUGGAACUUUUAAAGUGCAUGGGAGUUGUGAUCACAUGCUGCUUGAUGAUUUUGUAAGUGAUUUUAUUGAACAGAAGCAACAAUAAAGCAGAUGUCUGAUCUGAAGAGAGACUUAUUUGGGUUUAUAGUAAACAGUACAUUGCAAUCAAAGCUGACAAGUAAACUUACAACUUGUAGGAACACUUCAAUAAUACAGUGGUUGUUUAUAUGUUUAGGCUGAUAAAUAAGGAAUAUAAUGAUACAAUAAAUGACAUGGUACGUGCAAUAUUUUUCCAUUGGCUGGUAUUUUCACAAAUAUCUGUUAUGUUUAAACAUGACAUAUAUUGUUCAUAAACUUGGUAAAUAUUGUACGUGGGCACAGGAGGGCUUUGGGGGGGCUAAAAGACAGAAUAAUUUAAAUUGAGAGCCAGUAGCUUUGCGUUUGUAUACUUAUUUUGUUUCUUGUAUUUAUUGCCUAAUAUGUUUGUUUAUACAGUUAGUUGUGUUGUAUAUAAAAGUAUUAUAAUGUUUGCCCCAUUGUAUUCUGAUUCUAACCAUGAUCAACUAAUAAAGACAAAAAAAUGUCCCCAAAAA